CAUUUUGCUGUGAAUAAAUAACAAAUAAGAAUAAGAUCCAAUCAAAUUUAUAAUGCUUUAACGUUAACGGCUUGGCCGUGAUUAUCCAUCCUAGUAUAAUAAAAAGAAAACUAAGUAGAAGUGCAAAAUCACAAAUAACACAAAGUGCAUUGAAUUCUCAAAGUUGAUAUUAAAAAUCAAACUUCAAAAUACCUUUUGCCUUCAGCAAGAAGUGUAAUUUUAAUUGAGUUCCUUUUCGUAUUUAUCUGAAAAUAUACAGCUGCACAAGACCUCAGAUUUAUACAUAUAUAUAAUCCGUAACAACUCAUUUGUUGUUCCUCAUCUCCAUUUAAUAAAGUAUAGUAAAAGUUCAACCUCAAAGAACUGUUUACUAUAGAAUAGUUAAUUUAUUUUGCGAAGCUACCUGCACAGAAAAUUAUUUGGACGGAACAUAAAAAAGAGAAGCCUAUGUACAACUUACAUAGCCGGAAGAGCACUCAUUUCAUAAGCAUAAGUCUUUUGAUCUGUAAUCUGUAAAUCGAGAAAAAAUCCAUCAACUUGAUUGAAAGAAAAAUAAAAUUACAAAAAUGGACGACGGAACAAAAGAGGUCUUAUUACAGCUACUAGACUCAUCCUCAUCGAGUGAUGAAUCUGAUGAUGAUUCGAUUUUUGAGGAAUUCUUCAUAAGUGGAUUAACUUCCGAUGAAUCUGGAGCAGAAAAUCAAGAUCAAGACGAUGAUAUCGAUGACAUUACUAGCAUCAUGGAUACCAUCGAUGAAUACAGUGACGAAGAUUUUAAAUCACACUUAGGAUUGAAUCGCUCCACAGUGGAAUUAUUGAUAAGAAAUUACUCAGAAACUGAUAUCAAGAAAACCUUGCAGCAUAGAGAGAAGACAAAGCUUGAACCUAGAACAGAAUUUAUAAUUUACUUAUGGUACAUGAGCAACACGAUGACGUUAAAGCAAUUGGCAAAUCAGUUUGUAAUCGCAAAGACUACAGUUUGGACUGCAGUUGAACUUGUUAGUAAUUGGUUAGUUUCCCAAGGCAAUUUAUAUAUAAAGUGGCCUCAAGGAGAUGCGGUUACAGAAACCCGUAAGAAAUUCGAAUGCAUAAAUAAUCUACCAGGAGUAAUUGGUGCGAUAGAUGCCACCCACAUAACUAUACCACCUCCGAAACGACACAAAGAGUCUUAUUACAACAGAAAACAGAAAUUUUCCCUCGUCCUACAAGGCGUUGUUGAUGCUGAUCAGAAAUUCAUUGACAUAUGUUGCGGUGAACCAGGAUCAUUGGACGAUAGCAGCGUAUUAAAGAGAUCUGCCUUAUACAAACGCGCCCAGACCAAUUACUUUCGGCUAUUUCCGUCGAAUACAUAUCUCUUAGGUGAUUCUGCUUACGCCCCCAGCAAAUGGUUAGUGCCGCCUUUUAGAAAUUAUGACCAACUCACUGAUCAACAAAAGUCGUUCAAUUAUUUACACUCGUCUACAAGGAUAGUUGUGGAAAAUACCUUGGGAUUGCUUAAAGAGAGAUUCAAGAGACUAAGCGUAUUUACAGAACAGCAGGAUUUGAGUUCGUUGAGGAAAAUUAUUGUUAGCGCAUGUGUUUUGCAUAAUUUUUGUAUUAUCCAUGAUGACCGUUAUACGCUUAUGAAUGAAAAAGAAAACCCCGAUCUUCCUUCUGUGGCUGUUGAAGAAAAUCACCCAAAUAUCCAAACAUCUAAUUUUAAUCGUCGACAAAUAUUGUUUAAUUAUCUUUGUCAAAAAAAUGUAAUUUAAUUUAAUUGAAGGAAAAAAGAAAAUGGAAUAAAAAGCUUUAUAAAAGUUUAAAAA